AUGCAGAAGAACACACUAACAGGGGUUGGGCCUCCGGCUAAGAUAAAAGCUGCAGCCUCGAGGGCACCGUCCAGGAAACCAAGAAAUUACCCUCAUGGGGGUGUUACCAGAGCGCGAUUCUACCAAGCCCUCUACGAGGCGCGGCUUGAAGUUCAGAGGCUCGAAGGAGGAUUGUGGUCACAAAAUCAUGCAGGGUCGAUCUUACGACAGCUAUGUCGACUUCAAUCCACCGCCCUGGCCCGAGCUAGACGACUGGCCGAGACGGAAUGGAAUAGACCUCUAAGAGAGCCAAUGGAAAAUAUGGAAGCACUUAAAUGUGACCGAUGUGGAACAAAGGCACUGGACGUGGUCCUCGCUCCGUGUUUCCAUAGCUUAUGUCCGGGUUGUGGUGGGGCUGGAGCACCAGGCGCUUCGGAAGAUAUGUUUAAAGCCUGCUAUGUCUGCUCUCUCCACAGUUUCCAGCAGCCCCGAAGGACUUAGAUGUACUGGCUGCUGCCUUUCGUGCGGCUGUGUUGAUUGGAAGUGACAUUGCCUUGCGGAAAGAGAUGCUCACGAGCGUGAGGGCGAAUAAGAGACGAUGAAUGAGGGAAGAUGAAUAACGGAGAUUAUUAUGAUACCAUG